AGUCGACGUAAAAAAAAUUGACAUUUGAAUGAAUUUCCGAUUCCGAAUCCGAUCCAAGUGGAACUUGUGUGGAAGGAAAUUUGUUUGCGCGAAUCUCUUGUGCAGUGCAGUAAUCCAAGGAAUUUUCUGCUCGAAAAUCCUAAAGAAAUGGCAUCGCCACGUACCCGUCGUAAAUUAAACUCAAUCCGGACCAUUGAUGAGAAUCAUAAAUGCUUCGAGUGUGGCACCUUAAAUCCUCAAUGGGUGUCUGUGACCUACGGGAUAUGGAUUUGUCUGGAGUGUUCAGGCGUUCACCGCAGCCUCGGAGUCCACCUGUCUUUCGUAAGAUCAGUUACAAUGGACAAGUGGAAAGACAUCGAAUUGGAGAAAAUGAUGGUGGGUGGCAAUGCGAAGGCGCGUGAGUUCCUUGAAAGUCAGCCGGACUACAAGCCCGACAUGUCAAUACCACAAAAAUACAACACAAAAGCAGCGGCCAUGUACAGACAAAAGAUAAUAGCCCUGGCCGAAGGGCGGUCGUGGAGCCCCACUGACUACAAACCCGAGACCGUGGAGAGACCGGAGUGGAGUCCGUCGAGAGACAACUUCUCAUCGGGUGAUAACUUUCAGACAAGCGGCUCCGAUAACAACAUCAGCUACCACAGCGAGUACGGAAGCGGCCGGUAUACUGGCUUCGGAAACACUCCGAAACAGUCCCAGUCUACCCCCAUGUCUCCUAUACACAGCGGCAACGAGGUGGUGGACAAUACCAUCGCUUCGCUCGCUUCGGGUUGGUCGAUGUUCACUUCGUCCGUUACGAAAGCGGCUCGCACCGCCACCGAGAGUGCGGUGCGUUACGGCGGCAUGGCGACACAGAAAGUCACAGAGAUGGCUUCUACAGUCACCGAGAAGGUAGUGAACAACCGUGGUGGUUGGAGCUCCCUUGGUGGUACGACGGAUAUGCGUCGGGCUUCCAACUCUGGUAGCUACCAGUCUCAAAGCUACGGCGCCAUGAAGAGUUCAACCUCGGAGCCCUACUCGCAGUGGAACGAGCAAACCCAACCGUGGAAGGAAUCCAUAGCGGCCCGUAACAAUUUGGACGCCAGGGAUCUGUCCAAAGUGGGCGUCUCCAGCCCUCCACCGGACAGCAAGAAGAGGGAUGAGGACUCGUGGGACUGGCUGAAUAACUAAUUACUCCCCCAUUAUGAAGAAAUAUUAAGCGAAUGCUGUUGUGCAAUUCCUAUUCUUAAGCAAAGCUAUCCUUUGACGAAACGUUUCUUCUACGUGAAUCCUCUAAUAAAGGAGUAUUUUGUUUCACUAUUUCCUCGCUAGAGGGCGCAUAUCAUAUUAUUGCGUGUCAGCCAAUCGAAAUGAAGCAAUUAAAAUAAGUUGAUUUCCGAUUGGUUGAUUUCUCGAAAUAAAAUACUUCAAUAAUUUGUCUUGUACAUAGAAUGAGACUUUAGAAGUGGUAACAAUGGAUGAAACGUUACAACUGAUGGUUGCGACACCAUUUUUCAUCUCGCAUCUCAAUUCUGACAUUAAUGACAGUAAAAGGCGUUAUAUAACUAUAGUCACAAUCACAAUAUGACAUUUCUAUUGUCUCAUUUUAUUCCUAUGAUUUCUAUGAUCUUGUAUAUAUGUACCAUUGUAUCAUGUCUAUAUUUAAUCAUGGCGUUUCAAAUUUUUCAAAGAUAAUAUUUGUUUGUCAAUCUGACUGUCUCUUAUUUAAUACACAUGGUUUUUUUUUAUGUGCACUAAAUUCUUACACAUCUAUAAUUUAUUUUAGCAAAUAUCAUCU